AUGAAUACUCCAAGUGUUACGAAUUUUUAUAAUCCGUCGUGUGAACAGAAUUCCAAGAAUUUGCUAAAAAAAUCAACAGAAGAAACUGAUGUUCGGCGAUUUUCUUGUAAAACAACUGAUAUUUCUUCUGGAAUUAAUUCUGGUGCCCAGACUUUACCCUGCAAAAUUGAAUACGACAAUGAUGAAUCCUUGGAUAUUAAGCAAGAAUUCAUCCAAGAUCAAGAAACACGUGCAGGCCAGAAACGUAAUAAACAAUAUAAGUCAAAGUUGACUACGACAGGGAUAAGAGUAGGUGAAAUUUUAGUUUUUAACAAACUUCCGCCCCAAAAGAAGCGGAAAAUUUCUGAAUCCAGACAAAAACCGGAAAAGGAAUACAAAUGCGAAAAGUGUGCGCGAAGCUAUUCUCUGAAAAACAGUCUGUAUAUUCAUAAAAAAUUCGAAUGCGAUGUCCCGCCACAGUUCACAUGUACAUUCUGCAGUAAAAGAUUUAAACAUAGAAGUAUCAUGAAUAACCAUAUAAAUCGCGUGCAUCUAAAAAAAAACGCAAGGAUAUUCGAAAGGAAGUAUAAUUGUGAGAAUUGUGCUUUGAGCUACUGCUCUUUAGUUUCAUUGAAAAGACAUCAAGUUUCAAAACACGCAGAAGUCAAACCUCAAUUUACUUGCGAUAUUUGCGGACAUAAAGCCAUUGAGAAAGGUGCUUUGAAAAAACACAUUACUCGACGCCACGUCGAUGGCAUGCAUCAUCAAACCAAAUCACAGCCAUCGAAUGUUAGGCAUUAUUGCGACCAAUGUUCCCGAAAUUAUAGUACCUUAAAUUCUUUAAAACGACAUAAAAAUAUAGAACAUUCUACAGUCAAACCACAAUUUAUUUGCGAUUAUUGUGGCUACAAAGCGAACCAGAAGAGUCAUUUGAAAGAACAUAUUAUUUCACGCCAUCUUAAGGAUGAAGUAAUUUCCAAGAUUAAGUUGAAUAUAUCAACAAAACAGGAAGAUGGACCAUACGCUUGUGAAACUACUCAUGUUUAUUCUGAUAAUAAUUCGGGAGCCCAAACUUUAAGUUGCAAAAUUGAAUACGAGAAUGACGAAUCUUUGGAUAUCAAGGAAGAACUCAUUGAAGAUCAAGAGUCAGUUACUGACCAUGAACCUGAUAAGAAACAUGAGUCAAAUUUGAGUACAACUGGAAUACGAGAAGGUGAUAUUUCAAUUGAUAAGAACCUUCUGAACCAAAAGGAGCAGAGUGUCCCGGAUCCUAGCCACAACCCGGAAACAAAAUACAAAUGCGAAAAGUGUGCGCGAAGCUAUAAACGGAAAGAGAGUUUGAAUAGUCAUCAAAAAUUCGAUUGCGACGUUACUCCACAGUUCAAAUGUAAAUUUUGUAGCAAACAAUUUAAACGAAAAAGUAUCAUGAAUUGCCACAUAGUUUCUGUGCAUGAGAAAACAAAAUUAAUGACAUCGCAAACUAAGUUUAAUUGUGAAACAUGUUGUCGGAGUUACAGUACCAUAAGUAAUUUGAAUCGACAUAAACGUUCGGAACAUGCAGGACUUAAACGGAAAUUUACUUGUGAUAUUUGCGGAUACGAAACGAAUGAGAAAUGUAAAUUGUCAACACACAUUAAUUUACGUCACCAGGGCUAUAUGAUUCAGGAAACAAACUUUAAGCCAUCGAAAAGAAGGUAUUAUUGUGACCAAUGUUCUCGAAGUUACAGUUUCUCAGUUUCCUUAUAUCGACAUAAAACUUCAGAACAUGCAGCAGUCAAGCCGCAAUUUGUUUGCGACGAGUGUGGUCAUAAAACGAAGCGGAAGUCUUACUUGAAAAAACAUAUUAAUAUACGCCAUCUCAAAUAGAUGUUAGAAUGCGGAAAGUGUGCUUGAAAGUAUAAAUAAAA